ACUAGUCUAAAUACAACUGGUGUGGUAAAAAAAAGUGCUGGACCGGAAGUGGUCCCUGUUAUUGGACAGUGCUCCGUUAGCUUGAUCACCGUGUCCUGCUUCCAGCCAGUGUAAAAACACAGCUUGCGAUUAGGACCGAUGGAGACGACGGGAGUUUGUGAGAUUGAUGUGGCGACCCGGAGAAUAGUUGGAGGUAGUGACUCUCCACCCGACCUGGACAGCCCAUGUCAGGAGGAGGUCGCAGACUUUGGUUUGGGGCUCUGCUGUGCCGAGGAGGAGAGGGGGGAGACUCCGGGCAGAGAGGACAGUCCCACCGACCUGGGUGAGGCGGAGCUCGACCUCAAGGCCGGAGACGACAAAGCGUUCGGGAGGGAGGUCGUUCUUUUGAUGCAUGCUCUGAACUCCCUGACCACUCCUGAGGAGAAACUGGCUGCCUUGUGCAAGAAAUAUGCAGACUUGUUGGAGGAGAGCCGCUGCAUGCAGAAGCGUCUUAAAGCCCUGCAGAAGAAACAGUCUCAGAUAGUGAAGGAGAAGAUCCACCUGCAGGGGGAGCACAGCAAGGCCAUCCUGGCCCGCAGCAAGCUGGAGAGCCUCUGUAGGGAGCUGCAGAGACACAACAAGACUCUGAAGGAGGAAAACGGCCAGCGGUCCCGUGAGUACGAGGAGCAGCGAAAGGAGGCCAUGCUGCACUUCCAGAUGACCCUGAGCGACAUCGAGGUGCAGAUGGAGCAGCACAGCUCGCACAACGCCCAGUUAGGCAGGGAAACAUGGAACUUGCCCGAGAAGUCUCAGAAGUUCAUCGAGCGGUACGGCUGCGGGGAGGAACACAUAGACAAGGUGUUCAAGCACAAGGAGCUCCAGCAGCAGCUGAUGGACGCCAAGCUGCAGAGGAUCACCGAGAUGAUGCGAGAGGUGGAGGAGAAGCAGCAGAGGGAGCGAGACUUUCUGCUGAAGGACGCCACGGAGUCCAGGCGCAAGUGUGAGGUGAUGAAGGAGCAAGAGACGCAGCUCAAGCAGCAGCUCUCCCUGUACAUGGACAAGUUCGAGGAGUUUCAGAGCACCCUGGCCAAAAGCAACGAGGUCUUCACCACCUUCCGACAGGAGAUGGAGAAGAUGACCAAGAAGAUCAAGAAGCUGGAGAAGGAAACGACGCAGUGGAGGACCAAAUGGGAAAGUAACAACCAGGCGCUGCUGCAGAUGGCCGAGGAGAAAACUCUGCGCGACGGCCACUUCAAGGCUCUGCAGGGGAAGCUGGAGCUGCUGGAGCGGCUGUGCAGAGCCCUGCAGAAGGAGAGGAACGACCUCAACAACCAGCUCAGCCUCCUCCAGGAGCCGGGGGACGAAGGGGCCCCCGAGGAGGAGGAGGAGGAGGAGGAGGAGGAGGCGACGGGCUCUGCACAGGAGGACGAGCCGGAGACUGAGGGCGUGCACCAGGCUCUGAGACCGCCGGAACUGGACCCCACACCGGCCGCUACCGAGGAAACCACUGAUGCUGCUGCUAUGACGACGACCACCGGCCAGCCUGCGGAACCCCCCCAGCUGGACUGAUCGAGGCCCACGCGGCCCGUGUGGGUGAGACGGCUCCACACACACACAACUCCAGAAUCAUCAUCUUCGAUGGGGAUGGAGAUCUUUCUUUUUUUAUUAGACUUGCCUCUCCAGUUUUCCCGCAUUACAACUGAGCCCGUAAAAUGUUUGUGUGCGAUAGUCAAAGAGAAAUAAAAUGAUUGUAUCAAAGAUUGUGUUCUGAGAUUCAGCCCCCCUUUCACUUUGGAUGUAAUGAUCGGCCUCAUGGCGACCACUCGGUAUUUCCUGUUUUGUACCAUAACCGUAUUUCCGUUGAAGCUGCUCAAAGAGUUUGGCCUAUUGUCUUACAUUGGUAAUUCCACUAUUGGUUAAUUAUACCAUAAGCCCCUUCAUGUAGGAUGGCAGAGAUCAUGGGACGCAGAGUAGAGCAGUCAUAUUUUGGAUCAUUUGUUGUCUGUAUCGGCCACAGGGUAUUAAAUAUUUUUGAUCACAUCACAACUCUGAUACGUUUACGGUGGUUUGGUUUUCCUUCUCAUCAGUCCAACCAACGUGCACGGCGCUUAGGCUGUUCACUUCAUCUGAAAAUGAUGUAACAACGCUCAAGUGCAUUAGCCCGACAGGCCUUUAUGCUCCAUGAGGAGCCCCUGUGAUCACCACACCUAACCAGUAAUAGUGUGGAGGCCUUUGGGAGAUCUUACCAGAGGGAAGGUUCUCUUGUCAAGGCACUGCAGGCUCCACCUACAAGGACCAUCGCGUUAACCCAAAAAACCCAUUCUUUACCUGUAGGGCUUUAUGUGCCCACGAGGUCGUGGAAAUUGAAGACUCAGUUACUCCAAAUAAGUUUUUUGUUCUUCUGUCUACUCAACCACAUGUGACAAAGCACAGCUGGUUACCUCGCUGAGCAUUUUAACAGACGCCAUUAGCUCCUCCCCUUUUGUAGUGGAAGCUUGUGCGUGUGCUGCCAGACGUUCUCCUGCAGAGUACUUCCUUCUAUGCGCCUUCUGCAUUUGGAAUUUGUACGAGGAGAUCAGCACCUCUUGGUGACUAAAAGAAGUUGAUGUGAGCGCAGACACAGGCGUAGUAUUCUAAGUGAAGACCUUUCAGCUUCCACUUUCUUUUGGCGUUGCCCCAGAUUGACUCUCAGGUAAUGUCAGAAUCUACCUCUGCAGGGGAGACCAACUGUGAAACAAGAGGAAAGAGUCACCACAGCUUCAGAGAGCUCUUUUUACUAAAAAAUAUAAAAAAUACAAGCCCACACCCCCUGAUUGUAAAAUGUUCUUAAGGUCCUGUCUUGCUUUUGAAUAAACAUUUUGUAGAAUUUGC